GUGAGGCCCCAAGACGACUGCCUCCCCUUGCCCAAUAGUAGUUACGCCCCUGACACUGCUCCUGGGCUAUUCUCCAUGCUGAGAAUCUUGGAUCAACUGGCUCAGUAUUAGCUCUGAUUGGCAGCCGUUCUCCAGGCUUUGAAGACAAAAGGAACAUUUCCCAAACCUGUCCCAAGAUUAUUCGAAAAACAGGAGAUCAUAGCAGGGAUUGAACCUGGAACAUUCCGCCCACACAAUACAUUGGAGGGGUUUUGCAAGUCAGCAGUAAGCUGUGGAGGGCUCUGGGUCUGAUGGCAGUAUGAAGAGGCCUUUGCUGCAGUUAGACCAUUUCCCGCCUAGCUCCUGACUGACUUCACCGACAGCAGGCAGCGUUCCAGAGAGAGGAGGGUCUUUCCCAGCCCCACUACCAAGGACUAAUCCACAUUUCCUGAGUUUGGGGGCAAGGCAAACAGAGGGUUAAAGAGAGCGAGUGGCGAGUCCUAGAGUGGCCCGGAAGGCUGUGCAAUUCAAGAAUUCCCCCUCAUACCCCCACGGGAGAGGAGUCUUGGCUUUUCCCUCUUGCCCGCAUCAGCCUAGUCGGAAGACCUGCUAUAAGGAUGUUAUACUGCAGAGCAUGUAAUGUGUUGAGUUGGUAGGUCUGAAGAGCUCCAUCUGCCUGGUCAGUCCUUGCUUUAAGAGAGGAACUUGCCGAAGAGCAAGGAGAUCUUGCAGGAUUCCUAAAAGCUACCUUGGACCUGAAGCAGGAAGGGACCCUCUUGCCAAACAGACUGAGAGCAGUGAGCAACUCUGGGAAAGAACUGUGCAGAAGAUGCUGAGUGAGGACGCCACCAACUCAGCUGCAAAGUGCCGCAGUCCCAGACAGUUCUGUUAUCACGAGACCGAAAGGCCCUGAGAGCUUUGCAACUGAAUCCACUUUUUUUGCUGUCAGUGGCUGAAGCCAGAAAAGCAUACAAAGGCUCAGGUCUUGGACUUGGUGAUUCUGGAGCAGUUCCUAACCUUCCUGCCCCCAGAGAUGCAGAGCUGGGUCAGAGAAUGUGGAGCGGAGACAAAUUCUCAGGCAGUAGCCCUGGCAGAAGGUUUCCUCCUGAGCCAAGCAGAGGCCAAGGAACAGGAAGAGCAGCAGGGCCAGAAGCCAUCCAAAGUAGAAACUGAUUUCUCAGUGGCAGAGAUGGCUUCUUUAGACCAUGAAGAGAGGAGACCAUUCCGGUGGAUUGUGCAAGCAAGUGAAGGAGGUGCCACCUUGCUGGGUGAUGGAGGGGAGAGUGAGAAAAAGGAUGAAUUGCAGAGGAGGAAAAGGGAAGCAAAAUAUUUGUGGGAGGAAAAAGCUGUUUCUUCUGAAUGCAUGGAUGUCUCUGAAAUUCCAGUCCAAAAAAAAGAUUGCAAUGGAAAUGGAAGGAAUAAAAACCCUCAAAGUGUGAAACUCAUAAAGAACAACUCAAGUCUUCACACAUAUCAAAAAAUGAAUACAGAAAAGAAAAAAUAUGAAUGCUCAGAAUGUGGAAAGAAAUUCAGCCUCAGGCGAUAUCGUACUUUCCAUCAAAGAAUCCACACAGGAGAUAAACCACAUCAAUGCUCAGAAUGUGGAAAGAGCUUCCGUUUGAGAAGGGACCUUAUUAAUCAUCAGAGAAUCCACACAGGGGAGAAACCAUAUCAUUGUUUGGUUUGUGGAAAGAGCUUCAGUCAGAAGGCUAACCUUACUUCCCAUCAAAGCAUUCACACAGGAAAGAAAACAUAUCAUUGCUUAGAAUGUGGAAAGAACUUCAGCUACAUCUCACAGCUUACUUGUCAUCAAAGAAUCCAUACAGGGGAGAAACCAUAUCAGUGUUCAGUGUGUGGAAAGAAUUUCCGUCAGCAAGGACAACUUACUUCCCACCAAAGAAUCCACACAGGGGAGAAACGAUUUAAAUGCUCAGAAUGUGGAAAGUUCUUCAGCUACAUCUCACAGCUUGCUUGCCAUCAAAGAAUCCACACAGGAGAGAAACCAUAUAAGUGUUCAGAAUGUGGAAAGAGCUUCCGUUUGCAAGGACAACUUACUUCCCAUCAAAUCUUCCAUACAGGGGAGAAACCAUAUCAGUGUUCAGUGUGUAGAAAAAACUUUAGCUACAUCUCACAGCUUACUUGCCAUCAAAGAAUCCACACAGGGGAGAAACCAUAUCACUGCUCAGAAUGUGGAAAGAGCUUCCGUUCAGGAAAGGACCUUGCUAAUCAUCAACGAAUCCACACGGGGGAGAAGCCAUAUCAAUGUUCAAUGUGUGGAAAGAGUUUCCGUCAGCAAGGACAACUUACUUCCCAUCAAAGCAUCCACACAGGGGAGAAACCUUAUCAAUGCUCAGAAUGUGGAAAGGGCUUCAGCCGCAGCUCACAUCUUACUUGUCAUCAAAGAAUCCACACAGGGGAGAAACCAUAUCAAUGCACCAUGUGUGGAAAAAGUUUCAAUCGGAGCACAAACCUAAAGAAACAUCUACCUAUCCACACGCAGAAGACAGAAUAUCAAUGCUCAGAAUGUGGAAAGGGCUUCCGUUUGAAAAAAGACCUUACUUCUCAUCAAAGAAACCACACAGGGGAGAAACCAUAUCAGUGCUCAUAACGUGGAAAGAACAACAGCUAGAUCUCACAACUUGCUUGUCGUCAAAGAAUCCACACAAAGGAGAAUCUGUAUCAGUUCUUGCUCUGUGGAAAAAGCUUCAGUCAGAAGGGUAGCCUUUCUUGCCAUCAAAACAUCCACAAUGGGUAGAAACCAUAUCAAAGUUUAAUGUGUGUAAAGAGUUUCAGCUGCAGCUCACUAUGUACUUGAUGUGAGAAAUCAUGUCAAUGCUCAUUCUGUGGGGAAAGCUCCAACUGGAGCUCAGCCCUAAAGAUCAAAAAAUCUACACACAGAAGAGACCAUAUCAGUAGUAGGUAGCAUAUUGUAAGUAUACUGUGGAGACCCAGUUUCAGAGACCUCUAAGCCAGGAAGCUUGGUGGGCUAAUGUGAACAGAAAAUGAAAUUUAGUUAUUAAAAAAUAAUGGUUUAAAAUAAGAGUGAAGAUGCUUUAAACAUCAGUUUGUGCUUUAAAAAUCAUUCAAAUUGCCCGUUAUGGUGUCCAUCUUAACUUAGGCAUUAUAUUGCCUGUUAAGACUUUGAACAGUCUUGAAUCUUAUACUGACUUUAGUAAUGAGGCAUACUUUGCCUUGGCUGUUUAGCUUGAGGUUGAGCUCUCAAGAGGAAUGUAAAGGUAAAGUGUGCCGUCAAGCCAAUUUUGACUCCUGGAGACCACAGAGAGCCCUGUGGUUGUCUUUGGUAGAAUACAGGAGGGGUUUACCAUUGCCUCCUCCUCCUAUGAGAAGAUGCUGAAAGGCAUCAUCCUUUAUCGCUGCUGCCCAAUAAGUACUAACAGGGAUUCGAACCGGCAACCUUCUGCUUGUAAGUCAAGCAUUUCCCCACAGUGUCACUUAAACAGAAAUCUAAUAGGUUCAGUUUCCCUAAUGAUUGGCUAGAAAUAUCCCAAUAAAUUUCUACCAGAUGCAUCUCCAAAAAGCACAGUGCACUGCUUCCCCAAAGUGCCAACUGUAUAUAGUAGAUGUCCAGCCAGAAAUGCAACAGGAGGACCCCAGUCCAGCAUUUUUUGAGGGAAUCUUUUUUGCUGACAUGUUUCCACCCCCUUAAUGGGGACAGAAUCAGCUUUACAAUUGGAGAUGAAAAUAUUUGUGAAUUACUCCUGCUCCUUUAUUUGGCUGAGCUCUGAAUGGAUUGGCUGCUGCCCUGGUUGCCCAGUGUCUUCUCCUGUCAUAUUUUUUGUCAGAGAUGCCUCCUCAGUUUGCUUUGUUUCUGAGUGUAAAGUAUAUCUAAUUACAGUAUCAAAUGUCUGUGAGGUCCACAGAUCAGUAAGGAAAAUAAACGGUAAUGCCUAUGCAAUC